AUGAAAAUGCCCUCAUCAUCAACCAAAAAAAAGAAUGUAUCAUCGAAUAUCACACGCCCUUCCUUGAUUGAUACAAUGCUUCUAACGAGUACACCACUUCGUCGAUCGCCAGCGAUUCCAUCCACAGCAACUUCGACUCGUUCAGCAACGAAUUUAACAAUUUUUAAAGAGAAAAAUCAAACUUACGAAGAUAUGCAACUACUCAGUUUAACAAAGAAUAUGAAUAAAAAGGAAAAGAAGUUAACAUCAACGAAUAAAAGUGUUCGAAAGCGGUCGAAAAGCCGCAAAUCUGUGAUUGCUGAAGAAGACGAUGAUGAAACAGAAAACGACGAAGAUACGAAAACAAGAAGAAAACCACCAACGAAUAAACGAAAAACAACGGCAAUGAAACAACCGCCAGAAGAACCAAUAACCAAGAAACUUCGUCGAAAUGCUGCUUUAAAUAACAAACGAUCUACAAAACCAGUCAUUGGAAAAUCAUCCGCUGGUAGUUCAGAUGGUUGUACAACAGCCGAAGAAGAAAACGAAGAAACCCGCCUCAUCGAACAAUCAAAACUGUAUAUCGAAGGACCUGGUAUCCGACAAAAUCAUAAAAAGAUCAAUGAACACAAUACAAUCAUUGGUGAGAAAAUCCAAAGUCUUCGUUCACAUCAACGAAUACAACCAACAUUACCGUCACCUAUUCUUUCUCGUUCGACUCAUGCAAAACAAGAUGUUGUCGUUGCUCCAGCACAGAGUAGUUCACCUGUGAAAAUCAAAACAGCGUCACGCAUCACAUUUGCUCUUCCUCCACCACCAUCAACAACAUCUCCAGUUCUUACCAAUAUUUUAGAUUCAGUACACCCGCCAAGUCCUCAAAUGCCACCAACAACCACAGCAGCUUCGAUUGAAACACAAACAGAUAUUUCAUCUCAUUCCAUUGUUCAAGAAAAGCAAUGUCAAACAGGAUCUGUUGAAAUGGCAAAUCAAACAGUCCAAACGGAUUCUUCGACUACCGAACUUGUUUCUGUCGGUAUUCAAUAUCAUUCAGCUCUUUCGCAGUCGGAACAACAACAACAUAUUGUUUGUCGAGAUUUAACAGUAUGUGCUUGUGUCGAACAACUGGUCAAAACACGGCAAUUUAUUUGUGAUGCAAGCGCUAAACUUCAAGUUUCAUCUAUUCAUCGACCAACGAAAAUCUCAAAACAAACUAUGACAGUUGAUGAAGCAUCACCAUCGAUUAUGGUUUUAGCAAAAUCAAGUCUCAAAGCGGAACAACAGAUCAUUUUUGAACAAUUUAUUUCCCAAUUUAACAUUCGCUAUUCGAAUGUAGUUGACGAAACAACAACUCAUUUGAUAACUGAUUCAUUAGACGAGAAUACUCCACUUGUUUGUCCAUUAACAUUAAAAGUGAUUCAAGCAACUGCUCGUCAUUUACCCAUUAUCAGUAUUCAAUGGCUUGUGGCUUCUAUUACACACCAAAUCAUUGUUCCAUCUCAAAUCUAUGAAAUCUUUCUCGGUGAUCCAACUUAUGGUUAUCAUGGUGGUUUUCUUCGUUCACGAAUCCCUCGUUCUCAAGGACUAUUUCAAGGCAUCUCAUUUCUUCUUGAAUGUCCUGAACAAAAUGCCUGUCCAGCGAUCUUAGCAGAUAAUCGGGCACUUCGCGAAUUAAUCUAUCUUUGUGGUGGAACAAUUGUUGAUGAAUUUCAUUCGAAUCCAUCAUCGACAAUCAUUGUCUUAUGUAAUGAAAUGAAACGCAAAGAUCAACUAUAUACAGCUUAUGUUAAACCUGAAUGGUUACUCGCGUCAAUAGCUCAGUAUAAUCUGCAACCAUUUCAACAAUUUUUCGUCCAUUGUUCAUCUUAA